GCUACUAAACACAGUCAAAAUGACAGCCAUUCCGUGUUUAAGGAGCAAAGUGCCUCUCAAGCCAAAAAAGGUGACUCCAUCUGUGUACACCCAGGAGAUGUUGCAGUCCACAGAGGAGCGCCUGGCUAAACUAAAAGAGAUGCACCAACCCCGCAUCCUGGAACAUCUUGACAUCAGCAACACUACACAUCACAAAUUGUCCGUAGUGGGUAUGAAUCAGUCACUUUUCCAGCCCCAUCCAUCUGAACUGGUCUUCCAGAACUUCACUCCUGGAAAAACCUACACACUACCUCUACGUCUCUACAACAAAGACAAGGUUUCACGUAAAGUGAAGCUGGAGCGUCAGGACUCAGACUUUUUCCAUGUGGCCGGACCAGAGGAUGCUGGCAGCCGGGUCGCACCAGGACUCGCCGCUUCUUUUACUGUCUCCUUCACCCCGCAGGAGAACAAG